AUGCUCGACAACUUCGAAUUAGAAAUAUGGAUAGAAUAUGCCAUCGGAAUGAGCGCAUUUCUGCUCCGAUUCUUCGCAAGAUGGAAGCAUGUUGGCUUCGAGAAGUUUGCUCUUGAUGACCUCUUCUGUUUUAUUGGGAUGAUAAUAUUUUCGCUUGAUGCUGCCUUCCUUUAUACAAUUGGCAGACUUGGCAGUACCGCCGGCCUUACAGUGGACACUGCGCCAUUGGUUACCGCGCAGCAGGCUCAUGAUUUCAGCAUCGGAUCCAAGUGCUUAUUCCUUGCUUGGAUAUGCUUCAUCACUCUUACUUGGACAUUGAAGGCAAUACUUCUUUCACUGUAUCACCGACUCACACUCGGUUUACAGCAACAUAAGAUGAUAAAAUUCGUGGGCGGAUUUUGUAUCGUCUCAUGGACUGCCUGUAUAAUUGCUCAUUUUGCGGUAUGCGUCCCAAUUGAAAGAAAUUGGCAAGUCAAUCCGUAUCCUGGCGACCAUUGCGUUCUUCGCAGACCUAAUCAAGCACUCGUCGGAGUUCUCAAUAUCUUAUCAUAUAUAGGAGUCAUGGCAAUUCCUCUCCCGUUAUUGUUUGCGGCACGAAUACCUCUCUACCGAAAGCUGAUUCUCGGAGUUCUUUUCUGCUCUGGUAUCCUUGUUACAGCCAUAGUCAUCUUACGGGUAUAUUAUGCUCUCAGUGGUGUUGGAGAUCUGGGAAGUGUUGUCCCUUGGGCAUUUCGCGAGUCUUUCAUAUCGAUCGUUACAGCAACAGCCCCUGGAAUCAAACCAUUAUUCAAUCGAUCGAACUGGAUCGAUACAUCCUCACUCAUUGAAAGCGGCACGAACGGUAAAGCAGGCGGAGCUAGUCGCGUACAUCAUUCCAACCACCAGUUCGACGGGGGAAAUAUUACAUCUGCGAUUGGUAAUAAAGAUGGACAGAGAGGGGUUAGUGGCCGUCAGUAUAUUGAACUCGGACAUGCUGAGAAUUGGCCCAUGACGGGCAAAAGAAAUAACGUCGAUGUUAAAACUAAGGAACUAAUGACAGAUUCGUCGAGUCAGGAACAUAUCAUUACUGGCAGUGAUGACAUUCAUGCCAUUCAAGUAACCCCUGAUUAUACAUCGCAGCGGGACUUUGGUUCAGCUGACCUGAGCGAUUGUAAUGAUAUUGAAUUUGAGAAGAACAAAGCUAGUACGGAUUCACGGUAA